CUCCCUCUUCUAUAGAUAAACAUCUUUGACCAAUUGAGAUUAUAGAAUAUAAUUACUUCCAUUUAACUUGUGGUUGGUGAUCGGAAUUUUAGUGGCUUCAGUUUGAUGGGAAUAAUUUUAUCAAAAUGAGAUGUGACUUCAAAGAGGUUAUUAGUUUUUGCUGUGGUCAUUCUGUUUUUAGUUCAGCAAGAGAGAGAAAAAACAAUGUUUUUUUAAGGGUUCAGAGAUUCUGCUUUGAUAUCGCAAAAGUUUGUAUUAAAUUUUUUGUUAUUGAAUUUUUAUUCAUUAUAUUUAAUUUACAACAAUUGAAUAUCUAUUGGAGAAGAUUAGAGAGGUUUUUAAAUACAAAUUAGUCCUAUAAAAAAAAAGAUCUUUCAGUUCUGGAAGUUAGUUGUAAUUCUACUUUAUAGGGAGAUUUUCUUGAAGAUACUAAUCUGUAUAUAAACUAGACUUUUACAAAAAGUCAGAUUCUUACAACACAAAUAUCUAUAAAGGUUUCAAAAACCCCUGCAGAAAGAAUGGAGUGACCUCUAUACCAAAAAAAAAGAAACUUAAAGUCCUGAACCAAUAGUCUCUUAUAUUAACAACACAAGAGACUUUGUCCCAGAAGAUUCAGCUUGUUCUUUAUGUGCAUAAAACCCACAUAGUAACCAACGGGAGAAGCAGAUUUGAUUCUUCCUUUCCCUUCUUUUUUUUUUUUUUUUGAAAAGAUAGAUUCUUCCUUCCCUAACCGACAAAGAUACUAUUUCCAAGCCCAGAUGAUCUACCACUUAACUGUUGAUGGCCCAAAAAAAAGGUUAAGAAAAGAGAGAGCAGCAUCUCAUAAUCUUCUCAUCUCAGGACACCAAAGAAGAAGAUGGUUGGGGGAUGCAUUCUCUUGGAGGCAAGGUGGGCAUCCAUUGACAAUGAUUUUACCAGGCCAUGAAUUAUCCAAAGUAAGGAUUUUGCCUAAAACACUUCCCACUAAAGAACGAUACAUGGGUUGAAGUUUUCUUCUUCCAAAUAUGUUCUAAAUCCAAAGGCAAGAAGAGGACUGGGAGAAAAGAUUGAGGUAGAAUAAAUUACCAACAUUUUGAAAGACUCCAAACUAGCUUAUUAAGGUAUCAUGAACCCAAAAGGAGAUGUGAAUGCAAGCCAAUAUUAAGGCGGUGAAGUCUUUGAUCUUCCUGUCAAUUAUGGUUACAGAAAAUGAGAGGUGUGGAUAGGGAUGAGGGCUGUGCCAUGUCACAUGGUCAUAAACUGAGGCUCCUUAGUUUUAGCUAGCUGAUAAAAUCUUGGAAACACAAUUCUAAAAGGAACAUUCCCGCACCAAUAGUCUUGCCAAAAGCUUGUGCUAUGGUCAUCACCAAGACACUAACCCAAAAGAAUACCAAGUCCAUUACCUGACUCCAGGACGAACUAAUCUCCAACUAUGAGGCCAUUAAUUUGUUAGUAGGUCAUAAUUACUCUCCUAAUCAGUGGAAGAACUGUUUAUCAAUUGGAUUCUCAGCAAUUCUAUGGUACUUUUCCCAAUUUAAAAAUAUCAAUACCUGCUAGAUUUAGUUAUUUUUUGUCAUCAUCUGGCUAUAGUUUGCUAUUGUUUUGGUACUACCAUUCACGACCAUCACAUCUAAUCAUUUGUUAACAUCAGCUUUUGAUACCAUAUAGAUUGAUUCGAUGCAGUUUUAGUUUCCCCAAACUUUGAAGGUCUAAUGACUAUUAAGUUGCAUUGAGUGAAUCCUCAUUCCUUCUCACUUAAUUCUUAAAUCUGAUUGCUAUAUUAGUUUUAACAUACAUAAUUAGAAUAUUGUUUGUAUUUUAGUCUCACUCUUAACCAUUAUUGACUUUUUUUGGUAAAGUAAGAACUGAAUUCAUCCUAACGCAUAUUAUGAUUUUAAACAUAAAGCAUAUUCUAAUUCUAUAUGUUUUAUUUCAAAAAAAAAAAUUCUAUAUGUUAAGAUAACACAAAAAUUAGAGGUGGGAAUUAAGUCAACCCCAAUAUUAGAGUCUAUCUUGUCUAACAAUUCAUCGAAAUACUCUCUAACCCUCCUCAAGUUUACCUAGCAUGGCAUGAGAUACAAUAAUUCAUGGUGCAAUCAUUUACUUCUCAUCAUCAAUGAUGGUUCAGGAUUAAAUAGACAAAGAUUUAGCUAAUGUUUGGUUGAUGUCCUAUAUCAGGAAGAUACAAGAGAAAACAACAUAAAAUUGAUGAUGUUUGGUGAUUCAAAACAUAAGACUAGAUCCUAGUUAUAGAUUUGGACAAAUUUGUUCCAAGUAAAAUCAUAGGACAAGCAUGCAAAAAAAUUACAUUCUUUUUCCCGAAAUUCUUUUGGCAUAACUCAACUUAGUUGAGGAUAUGAUAUUUGGUUUGAGUGUGAUCUUACUUAGCUCAGCGAACCACCUCGGAUCCAGGCACAACUUAGCUUGAAUUCCAAGCCAUCCUACUUGGGAACAAACUUAAUCUAGGUCAUGCUGUCAAACCAGGCCACAAUUUAGAAUCAUGACUGAGCAUAACCAGAUGAUUCUCACAAUCUUGGGCUUGGCCUGGGCAGGGUCUCAUUGCAUAGACUUAAGCACAACCUAGGUAGGAUGAGGUACAAUAUUGAAUUUGACUCGGGCAUGACUUGGCUCGAGAGGUGACUCAUAGGGACACAGUCUUACACCUACAUAUGAUUUUGGCACAGGUAAGAAUCCUUAACUAAGGCUGGGCAAUUUGGCUCCAGGCACGAUCCAACUAGCGCGUAGUCCAGACUUGGCACCCUUGCAUCACUCGGCCUAAAACACGGUCAUUAGUGCAUUUUUUAGGGCAUCAGAAAAAGAGGGAAUUCUUUUUAGCUUUCCAGAGAUGGUGACUGAUUCCCAUGAAACCUUGCAGCAAAAGAAAUUGCCAAACCAUGCAAUGACUUGGAAUUUUCAAAAGAGGCAAAAAAAAUGGGAGCUCUUGAUUAUCUCUCCCACUUUUGCACUGUCCCCAGCACAAGAAGCAAACGCAAAGCAAUGCAGACAGUGGAGAUCAAAGUCAAAAUGGACUGUGAUGGCUGUGAAAGAAGAGUUAAACAUGCUGUUAACACCAUGAAAGGUGUGAAAUCAGUGGAGGUGAAUCGAAAACAAAGUAGAGUAACAGUGAGCGGAUAUGUAGAUCCAAACAAGGUGCUAAAGAGAAUAAAGAGAACAGGGAAGAGAGCAGAGUUUUGGCCGUACAUUCCUCAACAUCUGGUUCACUAUCCUUAUGUCUCCGGCGUCUACGACAAGAGAGCUCCGGCCGGUUAUGUCCGGAACUCUGCUCAGGCUUUUCCGGCGUCAAACACGGCCGAGGAAAACAUGGUCUCACUCUUCAGUGACGAUAAUGUUAAUGCAUGUUCCAUCAUGUAAUUAACUUAUAAGCACUUACUUGUAUUAAGUGCUUUUUAAUUAGUUUUCAUAGUUAAAAACAGAUUCAUCCUUUCAACGUAAAUUUCUCUCUCCUUAUGAGAGAAAUGUUGUUAUC